ACCGAUGGUCGCAACGCUUGAUGGCACAGUUCAUUUCACAUCACUGACGAGAUCAAAUCGGCUAGAAUAGCAUAGGCCCUAAGACGGAAUUUUAAGUUCAUCCAGUUCUUCAAGCCAAGGGUCUCAACAUCUUUUUUACGAGGAAGUGUUCGUUCGACUUGAUCGCAGCAAGUGCAAUUUGAGUGCUUUAUCCAUCUCAGUGAUAUAAUUCCUGCAAGUUUUGUGUACAAGUAACAUUAUGAAGUUGUUUUUGGUGAUAACAUUGUUCCUGGGCCUGGCUUGGGCAGCGCCAUCAGAUGUUGAAUCUCGACAAGCAGAAACCGAUAAAGUAGUUAACCUCUCCUACUAUGGUGGUGCCAAAGGUAAUGUAUUACAACUAGUCCACAAUGAUGAUGGCACCGUGACCAGCUCCAUCGUCAAAGAAGAAGACCUCAAAAAACUGGACACUCACAAUAAGUUUGAAUCAAAUUUGAGAAACAUUCAAGAAGCGGCCUCCAGGCUUGUCGCCAUUCAGCAAUCAGCCAAAAAACGAGGAACCUUCACUGAUGUUGACAACAAACUUUACGCUGAUAAUCUAUUGCAAUUGGGCGUUGCAGCUCAAGAGCUAGCUAAACUGCAAGAAGGAGGACAUGCUGAUGAUUUCAGGAAGUUGUUUGAUGCCCCAUACAGUGGUGAGAAACACGGUAUUGAGUCGGCUGGGGACAAAUUAGAUAUGACCAAAUACCCUGAUGAAAUUAUAGGUGAAGAAGGCGGCUUUCCCAUCAGCAAUGAUGAUACGGUGCAAGUCAAUGCCCCAGCUAAGGAAGCUGCUGUUGCUGAAUCAAAACCAAUUGGUCUCUCGAUUGCCGGUGAAGGAGGUGUCGCUUCAUCUAAGCCAAUCGCAACAUCUAUCGCCGGUCCUGAAGGUCUAGCAGUAGCGCGCCCUGUAGGAACCGCUAUUGCCGGAGUCUCGCCUGCUGAAGUGUCAUCCCUUGGCAUUCCCAUUCCAAAUCGCUUCAGAUCAAGUCCAACCUACGACAAAGUCGCUCAGAAUGCUGUUCUAUCCAGAUACCGCCUAUCAAAAGAUGGUCGCCUCGUAGGUCCAAUUAAGACUUCAAAUGAUAAACAAUCCAUUACCGUCGAAGCAAUUGAAUCCAACCGCGCUGUCAAUGGAAACCCCAACCUCAAACAGUUCCCAAUUCCACCAAUCCCAUCUAACCAAUUCAACAAUUUGGGAGGAGGAAACCGACGUCGUCAACCAGGUCUUGGUUUGGGAGGCGGAUUGGGUAAUGGACUGGGUGGUGGAUUAGGAGGUGGACUAGGCGGUGGAUUUGGUGGUGGAUUAGGCGGUGGAUUCGGAGGACUUGGUGGUGAAUUUGACAGUAUUGGAGGUGGACUGUCUUUAUUCCCAGGACCAUUGGAUGACUUAGAGUUUGACAUUGCAUUUGUUAAGAAGGACAAAGUCGUUAAGCCAAGACCACAACAAAAUCGCGGCCGAUAUGUAUGGGUUAAUGAUGCAUAAAGAUAGAAUGUUUCUUAAUAGAAUGAAAAAUAAUUAUUGGAAAAUUCCCGAAUUUUUCCAUGUGAAUUCAAUAUUAUAAAUCCUUGUAAUAAUGAUUGUUCUUUUUUAAUAUGAAAUUUUUGGGAAUUUUUCAUUGAAACUUUAAUCUAAGUUGGUGUCUUGGUUUAUUACAUGUGCCUAAGGAUUGCCAAUAAAUAGAAAAUUAUCAAGACAA